AUGAAACCAAAUAUAAAGGAAACAUUUUAUACAUUAUAUAAAUCUUUUUAUGUUUUUCUAACAUAUGUUUUAAUUUUACAAUCCAUUUAUUUGUGUUCUAAAUUUAUAUUAACCUUCACAAUAAAAAUAAAAAUAUUUUUUCUUUUUUCAUUUUGGUUUUCGUCUUUUAUGACUCUCUGGUGUUAUAUAAAAUGUCUUUUAAAAAAUCCAGGAACUUUAAGUCAUUCAGAAAUUACAGAAGAAAAUAUAAUUGAAUGUAACAAUAAAAUAGAAAUGUGUAAAAAAUGUAACUUAUUAAAAAUAAAAAGAUCUCAUCAUUGUUCAGCUUGUAAUAAAUGUAUAAUUAAAAUGGAUCAUCAUUGCAUGUGGAUUAAUAAUUGCGUUGGCUUAUAUAACCAAAAAUAUUUUAUUCUUCUAAAUUUUUAUUCUCUAUUAAUGUGUUUGAAUUGUAGUUUUAUUAUUAUUUAUAAAAUUAUAACAUGUAUUAAGAUCCAAUUUAAUUUAAAAAGGGAAAUAUGUGUAAUAUCAAGAAUGGAUAUUUUUCUAAUUUUAUUAAAUGCAAUAUGCUCCCUUAUAUUUGGAAUGCUUGCUUUUGUUAUGCUAGUUGAUCAAUAUUGUGCCAUUAGGACCAAUACAACUGGUGUGGAAUUUUUAAAAAAGGAGAAAGGAGAGAAGAAAUCAUUUAAUGAGUUAAUUAUUGAAGUGUUUGGACACUCGUUUUCUUAUUUAUGGUUUUUUCCAAUUGAUAAAAAUAUAAAGAAAAAACCUUAA